GUGAGUUAAUGACCACCAAAUUAAGUCUACAACAUCUCAAGUCUGAUUUUCCUUGUUUCCCAAGUUCCUUGAGAUCUUGUUCAAGUUUUUAUAAACUCGAUUACUAGUCUUUCCUAUCAAGAUUUACAACAAUGGGGUUCCGUCUUCCAGCUGUAAUUCAUGCCAAGAAACUUCUUGGGCGGUCUUUUUCAAAUUCAAGUCAAGGAGCUUCAUAUAAGUUAUCAGAUGUCCCAAAAGGUUAUUUUCCAGUUUAUGUUGGAAAGAGUGAGAAGCAGCGGUUCAUUGUUCCUCUAUCAUUGCUCAACCAUCCUGCAUUUCAAGACUUGCUAAGUGAGGCUGAAGAAGAAUUUGGAUUUGAUCACCCAAUGGGCGGUCUAACAAUUCCCUGCAGACAAGAUGCCUUCCUUGAUCUCAUUUCCUGCUUGAGUGCAUUGUGAGAUUGGAUAAUGGAGAACAAUUACAUUUACUGUGUGAUCGUUACAAUUUUGUACAUCAGACAAUUUUUCCACAUCUUGUACAUUUUUUUGAUUGAGAAAGGAGAAUUAUUUUUCCGUUGGAA